CUGACAUGGAAGCAAAAACCCAUGGCUUCUUUCCUUCUUCUUCCUCAUCUUCAUCACCUAUGUUACUCACCUCUCAUCAAAAGCCCUAGAAAUGCAGCUGCCCAGAUACUGAGACCUCGAAAUUUACGAGCUUUAGGGCAUUAUGUUUGCCCGAAAGCUUCCAUUAAUGGCGACAUCACAAACGGAACGGCCCCAGAAACUCCAAAACCUAGUCGCAGAGGCAGGAAAAAGAAGCAACCCGCAACUGAAGAGCGAGCAAAGCUUGAAACCCGGAUGGGAAACGGGUCAAUCGAGACUGACCCGGAAACGAGAUCGCAGCAGAAAGAGGAGGGAGAUGAAUCCGAGCUCGAGGAUUACGACGACGGCUUAGAUUUCCCGUACGACGACCCACCGUUGGUGUGUUGCUUCGGAUCCGUCCGGAAGGAGUUUGUUCCCGUGGUGCGGGUGCACGAUAACCCGAUGCACCCUGACAUGUACUCACAGUGGAAGAUGCUGCAGUGGGACCCGCCGGAGUUCGGUCGUGCUCCGGGAGGACCGCCGUCAAACGUGGCGAUCUCACACGUGCGGCUUGGUGGACGAGCGGCGUUCAUGGGCAAAGUCGGAGACGACGAUUUCGGGGACGAGCUCGUGCUGAUGAUGAACAAGGAGAAAGUUCAGACGAGAGCUGUGAAAUUCGACGAGAACUCUAAGACUGCUUCUACUCACGUGAAGAUCAAGUUCGAGGACGGGAAGAUGAAGGCGGAGACGGUGAAAGAAUCGGCCGAGGAUUCGCUUCUUGCAUCAGAGCUGAGCUUAGCUGUCCUGAAAGAGGCAAGAAUUUUCCAUUUCAAUUCAGAAGUUUUGACGUCUCCUACAAUGAGAUCAACUCUCUUCAAGGCAAUACAGUGGUCUGUAAAGUUCGGAGGGCUAAUCUUCUUCGACCUGAAUCUGCCAUUGCCUCUGUGGAAAUCUCGUGACGAGACGAGGGAACUGAUCAAGAAAGCGUGGAACAAAGCGAACAUCAUAGAAGUUUCUCGACAAGAGCUGGAGUUCCUCCUCGACGAAGAUGACUACGAGAGGAAGAGAAACUACACACCCCAAUACUACGCGGAGAAAUUCGAGCAGACCAAGAACCGGAGGGACUAUUACCACUACACCCGGGAAGAGAUCGAACCCUUGUGGCACGACGGGCUCAAGUUCUUGUUUGUGACGGAUGGAACGUUACGGAUCCAUUACUACGCUCCUUCUUUCGACGGGGUAGUGGUCGGAACGGAGGAUGUGCUCAUAACGCCGUUCACGUGUGACAGGACGGGUUCAGGAGAUGCCGUCGUCGCGGGGAUAAUGAGAAAGCUGACAACUUGUCCGGAGAUGUUCGAAGAUGGAGAUGUAACGGAGAGACAGCUCAGGUUCGCCAUUGCAGCCGGGAUCAUAGCUCAGUGGACAAUCGGAGCAGUUAGAGGUUUCCCUACUGAAAGUGCAGCUCAGAAUCUUAAAGAACAGGUUUAUGUUCCAUCCAUGUGGUAGGAAAUGAUCGAGAAUUCAUUCAUGUCGGUUUUGAGAUGGGUGAUCCAUUCUAAUGUUAUUUGAUUAUGCCAAA